UGUCAGCCUGUAUCCCAGAACGGAGGAGGGCAUACGAAACUGCGAAGAUAGUUCCGACGUAAUACGUUUGGAAAAUAUUUGGAAUUCCACUUCCGUCCGAGACGUGACUCUUUCUUUUGACGAGAGAAUUCCGCUAGUUAAUACACUUUGGCAACUUUUGGUUGGCAUUUACACGUUAAUCGAUGGCUUCCUCGCCGCAGAAAUCUCCGUCUUCUCCUAAAUCACCGACCCCAAAAUCGCCACCUUCAAGAAAGAAAGAUGAUUCCUUUCUGGGGAAGCUUGGAGGAACUUUGGCAAGAAGGAAAAAGGCAAAAGAAGUGUCUGAGCUCCAGGAGGAGGGGAUGAACGCCAUCAACCUGCCCCUCAGCCCCAUCCCGUUCGAGCUGGACCCCGAGGACACCAUGUUAGAGGAGAACGAGGUCCGCACCAUGGUGGACCCCAACUCAAAGAAUGACCCCAAACUGCAGGAGCUGAUGAAGGUGCUCAUAGACUGGAUCAACGACGUGCUGGUGGGGGAGCGGAUCAUUGUGAAGGAUCUGGCCGAGGACCUCUACGACGGCCAGGUUCUGCAGAAGCUCUUCGAGAAACUGGAGGGGGAGAAGCUGAACGUCGCCGAGGUGACGCAGUCGGAGAUCGCCCAGAAGCAGAAGCUGCAGACGGUUCUGGAGAGGAUCAACGACACUCUGAGGGUCUCGUCCAGGAACGUCAAGUGGACCGUUGACUCGGUCCAUGCUAAGAGCAUGGUGGCCAUCCUCCAUCUGCUGGUGGCCCUCUCCCAGCACUUCCGAGCUCCGAUACGACUCCCGGACCACGUGUCCAUUCAAGUUGUAGUGGUCCAGAAACGUGAGGGAAUUCUGCAGUCUCGCCAAGUCCAGGAGGAGAUCACUGGGAACACUGAGGCUUUGUCUGGAAGACAUGAGAGGGACGCCUUCGACACUCUGUUCGACCACGCUCCGGACAAGCUGAACGUGGUGAAAAAGACCCUCGUCACCUUCGUGAACAAGCACUUAAACAAGCUGAACCUGGAGGUGUCGGAGCUGGACACACAGUUUGCUGACGGGGUGUAUCUGGUGUUACUCCUGGGCCUCCUGGACGGGUACUUCGUUCCCCUCUACAACUUCUUCCUCACCCCGGAGAACUUUGACCAAAAGGUGCACAACGUGGCGCUCUCCUUCGAGCUGAUGCAGGACGGCGGACUGGAGAAGCCCAAACCCAGGCCCGAGGACAUAGUGAAUUGCGAUCUGAAGUCCACGCUGAGGGUGCUGUACAACCUCUUCACCAAAUACAGGAAUGUCGAAUAAACAGGAAGCGUCUCCGGGGCAACCGGCCUGGUCAGCAGGCUCCUUCACCGCUACCAUUCUCCGCCCCCUGACGGCACACACAGACUGCCGUACAUGUGAUCCCAGUUAAUACUGUAUUACCCCUGCAGACAUUUUGGGCGGAUAUCAAAUAUAGAUUUUUUUUGUUGUUUUUUGUUUUUUUUGUUUUUGUGAUUUGAUUUGAACAGUGAUUCAUUUUAUCGUUAUUGCUUUUCAUUUUGAGGAAAAUAAGAAAAUCCCGAACGCAAAUAAUCAUAUUGUUAAAUAUAAAUACAAUAGAACUGGCAUUUGGUAGAAACAGGUAUCGGAAAGCAUUCAGACACGUGUAAAUGUGGGGAUCUUGUUAAGGUGCGGUAUAGCACCACAUGGAAAGUCAGGGGUGAAGCUACAUUCCUGUUAAACUGUUAAAAGGUAACGCCAUUUUGACCAAAAGCCCCUAAGUUGCUGGAGGAGCCCUUGAAGCAACAUGGGACCAUACAACAUUUAUGAUGGCUUUUAGAAAUGUGUGUACUUUUUAUUGUAAUAUAUACAAUACAGAUCAAUUUUCUAGACUUAAUGCCUACCAGUGUGUAAUUAUACAGUGCCUUCCAAAAGUGUAGGUAGAGAUUUGUUAUUUUUGCUAUAUACUUCUGGCAUUUGGAUUUGAGAUUAAAAAGUUAAUUAGAAAAAAUGUACAGAUAAUCAGCUUUUAUCUCCUGGUGUUUACAUGCAUGUAUGUUUUACCAUUUUACAGAAACAUCUGUUUUUUGGUUGAGUCCUCCCAUUUUCAGUUGUGCAAAAGUAAGUCAGUGGAUGAACUUAAAAGUAAAUCAAAGCAA